AUGAAAUCUAAAUAUAAGGUAAAGGGAAAGAAACGUUACUACUGCGGUAAGUUGGGUCACUUUGCUAAAGACUAUUAUAAAAAGCAAAAUGAUUUGAAAGAAAAGAAGAUAAGUGAAGGUAACAAUGUCAUACCCUAUGAUAAACAAAAUGUGAACUAUGGCCUGGUUCUUGUAAAUGUUGAAAGGAACCUAAAUCAAGAAUGGAUUCUUGAUUCAGGUUGCUCUUUCCACAUAUGCCCUAACAAAAACUAUUUUUUGGAUCUUGAACAAACAAAAGGUGGCCAAGUUAUCAUGGGAAAUAACAUGACCUACAAAGUAAAGGGUACUGGAACAAUAAAACUACUUCUGAAAAAUGGCAAAAUUUUACUUUUAAAGAGUACCAGAUUUGUUCCUGAAUUAGAAAGAAACCUAGCGUCUCUAGGAAUGUUGAAUGACAUGGAACUUUCAGCAACAGUUUUAGAUGAUAAAAAUAAUCUUGCAAAAUUAUGGCAUUGUAGACUUGGUCACAUUGGGUUGAAAGGGUUAAAGGCAUUACAUAAUAAAGGUGUAUUUGGAAAACUAAACAUUGGUGACUUGUCUAAUUGUGAACAAUGUUUGGGUGAGGCUGUAAAAACUGCUACAUAUCUGAUUAAUCAAAGUCCUACAAGUGCUUUAAACUAUGAUGUGCCUGAAUCUGUGUGGACACAAAAGCCUGUUACUUAUUCUUAUUUGAAAACAUUUGGUUGUGCUGCAUUUACUCAUCAAAAUAUAGGAAAACUUGAACCUAGAUCUGUAAAGUGUGUGUUUUUGGGCUAUGCUGAAAAUGUUAAAGGAUAUAGGCUGUGGGUUUAUGGGGAAAAGGGUUAUAGAGUAAUAAUAAGGAGGGAUGUGGUCUUUAAUGAAUCAUAUAUGCCAUGUUUGGAAGGGAAGAAAGGGAACUUAACUGAAAAUGAUGUCCAAAUUGAGGUGGAGCCUACUAAAAUUGAUGAUAUCAGUUCUGCCCCUCUAGAAACUGAAUGUACAGAGGCUGACCAGAAUGAGAAUGAGCCUGAUUUGACUGAAUCUGAUCAAGGUGAUGACUUAAUUCCACCCCUAGAUGAGUACCAGCUCACUACAGAUAGGGAUAGAAGGCAAAUUAGACCACCUGCUAGGUUUAAUAGUGAUGACUUUGUGUCUUUGUUCACUUACCAAGAAGAUAUUGAAUCUGAACCUAGUUCCUAA